CAAAUUCUCAGAUUUCACUUUCACUUAAUUGAGGUUUUGCUUAAAGCUUGUUGCCAAAGCUAUCAGAAGAAUCAAUCGUUGUAUUUGCAAUGGUGGCGUUGGAUUUGGAGUUCGAAAGGUAUCUAGGAAAAGGUUCGUUUGGUUCGGUGAGUCUCUUCAAGUACAAAAGACGACACGACGGCCAGACUCUCUACGCCGCCGUAAAAACCUCUGGCUACAAACACGCUAAGUCUCUCUACAAAGAGUUUCAGAUCCUGUCUGAAUUCAAGGGCUGUUCGAGAAUCGUCCAAUGCUACGGUAACGGAGUAAAACAGAGAUUUAACGACAAGGGUUACGUAGAGUACAAGAUUGCUAUGGAGUACGCAGCUGGAGGAAGCUUGAGCAAUUUCAUGGACCGAUUCAAAGACAGGAAAUUGCCUGAUUCGAUGAUCAGAGAAUUUACUCGUAUGCUUCUUGAGGGUUUAGCCACGAUUCACGAACACGGCUAUGUUCACUGCGAUCUCAAACCCGAAAACAUCCUUGUUUUCCCUAGUUCUGUCUACAAGAACGGCGCGUGGAGAUCAUCUUACCAAUUGAAGAUUUCAGAUUUUGGGUUGUCGAAAAGAGCUGGAGAUACUAAGUGGUGGCAUCCUCGUCAACCGUUUGCGGGAACACCAAUCUAUAUGUCGCCGGAGUCGAUAUCUCAUGGUGAGAUAGGGAAAGGGCUUGAUUUCUGGUCGUUGGGAUGUGUCGUAUUGGAGAUGUACACUGGAAAGAGACCAUGGUGGCAUACUAACUAUGAAUUAGAUGAGCUCAUGAAGUGUUACGAGCCAUUGUUUCCGCGUAAUCUUCCUUGCGAUGCAAAACUCUUUCUCAUGACAUGCUUUGCGUGUGAGCCAGAUGAGAGAAAAGACGCGUUGACAUUGUUGAGGCAAAGCUUCUUGCGUGGAGAUGUCAAUAAGUCCACAAAGCUUCAGAUGAAUGCGCCGAUUGACAAUCCGGAUGAUUUCACCCUGCAACUGGAGAAACUUAGCCAGAUGCUUUCAGAAAUUAGGACUAUGUGUUAAUUUGAAGUUGAUGAGCUCUGCAAAAGAGCCCUGGUCAACACUGAUAUUGAUUAAUUCACAUUUUUAUUAAUUAGCAGAAUUAUGUAAUAGUUUUUGGUAUAUCACUGUCUCUAAUAAUAGUUAGUUUGAAUG